AUGCUCAACGAUGAGGCAUCGGCCUCGACCAAAACCUCAUCGUCCAGGUCCGCGAGGUCAAAAAAGAGAAAAGCUGAAGAUAUGCAGGAUACAACUAUUCACUUCGACAAUAAGGGUGAUCUCCGAUUACAGGUUGGGACUGAGGAGAGAAUUUUCGUUGUCUGCUCCCGAACCGUCUCGAGAGCCUCGGAGGCAUUUGAACGGAUGCUCCACGGGCCAUACGCGGAGAGAAAGCCGGCAGACCCAAACAUCGACUGGGUAGUCAAGCUUCCCGAGGACAGCGCCAGAGGCCUGGAGGUGGUCCUCAACGUCAUCCACGCUCGCUUCAAGCUCAUCCCCGAGAGUCUUGGUCCGGAUGUCUUGUUUCAUGUCAUCGCCGUAGCCGACAAAUACGACAUGAUCGAGGCUCUGAAGCCGUGGUGCAAGCAGUGGCUGGCACCUCUAGAGGAGCCGGAACCAGGCUCGAUUCCGCUCUCGCAAGCGUUGCAGUUGCUAUGGACUGCUUGGAGGCUAGGUAGCCGGGCACUUUACAACUCACUUGCGGGAGACCUGGUUCUGCGGAUCGAGAGCAAGAGAUUGAUUCUUUCCGCAGCUGAUUUUGGGGAUUAUUACCUCAGCAACCACCAAUUUUCGAAGAUGGAGGGCUUCAAACUGGCCAACUCAGCCUCGCUCAUCGAUCCCAUCGUUAAAGCACGGCUCGAGAUCCUGAACAGCAUGGUGGAGGAAGUCUUGGACCUUAAGGGACGACUCAAGAAUCCGCAGAGCUCGAGCUGCAAAAGCACUAAUACCAAUGCAAUGAUUGACCCAAACACCUGCAAGAGAAUGCUCAUGGGAUCCGUCUACAUGCAUGAAGACGAUUGGUACUGUUUCCCGCCGUCCGGAGCGGGUGUCAACGAGACCAUAGCCGAAUUUCAAGCAGUCACCAUGCAGAAGCUUAUUCGUACUUUCACCACCCUGCCAGGCCACAAACUUUGCAACCCGGCGGAUGAAUUAAAUCAAAUUAUAGCGAAGGCUAAGGAAAAGACUAAAUACUACAGAUUUGUGGAUUGGUCUAUGGAUAGAUAUUUUAGACAGCAAGCCGAAAAGCUUGGCUUGUAG